GGAGUCAAGCACAUGAUCAUAAACCUCUUGUCCGUGAAGGGAAAAUCCCACCAAACAUAAUCAGGAAGCGCGCGUGUCUCCCGGGGUAAAUUUGCUUCGCAACGCAAAGUUAGACGUCAGCCAACACGUCCGUGUUUAUAAGUAUCUUUGGGAGAUAAUGCAUUCGUAUGCUGCAUAAUACGUUGUUUGAGUGUCACCAAGAUAUUUCUUUGCAGCUAAAGCAAGAUCCCCAGAGAAAAAACUUGGAAAUUUUUUUUUUCAAGUCCAAGUAUGGGGUCUCCCCACAACAAUGCGUUCAGUGUUGGGGUGCUGUUGAGUUUGUCUCUAGCGGUCCUUUUUACAUCAUCUUGCGUACACUGCCAAGAAUACCCAACCUAUGGAGGAUUCAAGAACAAUAAAAAUGAGCCCACAUGGGGCAUGGCAGGAGGUCGAUUUUUACGAGGGAGUGAUGCAGCCUAUACCGAUGGAGCAUACCAAAUGGCCGGGAAAGACAGACCCAAUCCCAUGGAGAUCAGCGUUGCAGCCCACUCUAGUGAAAGUCUCGAGGCCUCUAGUUAUUCCCGAAAUGCUUUGCUGGCUUUUUUCGGUCAGCUGAUCCUAGACGAAGUGGGUGUAGCGUCCAACCCUGGGUGCCCACCAGAGUAUGAAAACAUGGAGGUGCCCAGAAGUCAUCCCAUCAGCAACUCCACAGAAAGACCUCAAGUCUUUGUGCGCUCUGUUUAUGACCAGCGUACAGGCUACACCUCUGAGGGGCCUAGACGGCAGGUAUCGGUAAUGCGAAAGGUCACGAGAACCCAUUUCUUCUCGCCCUGCAAGUGAUCUGGUUACGAUGGCACAACAAAGUAGCCGAGGACGUCGCCACGUCAGACUCAUCUCUCUCCGACCAGCAGAUUUUUGACAUCACUCGAAGCAGGGUCAUUGCCCACUUCCAGAACAUUGCGUUGAAAGAGUGGCUGCCUGCUUUUGUAUACGCCAAGGAUAACAAUCAGAGUAAUUUCCCUGGGUACCUUGCUACUCGGUCGGUCAGUGCACUCGUAAUGUCACUCAGGGUCGAGGUCCUGAAGGACAAGCUAGGGACGUUCCUUCUUUGAGGCUGUGCAACAAUUUCUGGGACCCACAGAACGUGGUCAAAGUAAAUUUUGAGAACAUAGUGCGUGGCAUGAUCUACACUCUUGGAACAAAGGAGGAUGGGACAUUUGAAUCUGAUUUUAUUGAAUCGUUCCACGGACCUUAUGAAUACUCCCGCACGGACCACGUUGCUGAACAGAUUCAGCGCUUUCGCGAUCAUGGACUGGCGGACUACAACUCUGUACGAAAAGCUUACAAACUGGCAACGCGAACAGACUGGAGCACUCUGGGAGGCUCAAACGGGACCAUAAGUGACUUGUAUGGGGGCUCGGGUGGAUUGGACAACCUGGAUUUUGUCACCGGUGGUCUGCUGGAUGCGCCGAGCACGUCAGGAAUGUCCGACAUAUUCAAACUUGUCAUCGAGGAGCAGUUCACACGACUUCGGGAUGGAGACCGCUUCUGGUACCAGAAUGAGGACAACGGUAUCCUAUUUAGUACUAUGUUUACUUGUGCGCAAACGGAAAACAACCAAGAAAAGCGGGGCAAAACAGGCAUCCACUGUGUACAGCUCAAACAAUCCAUCAAGUUUCCAAGCCCGGGAGUGGCUGGGCAAGACGUCCGGCUACCGGGACGUUCUCGGGGAGCUUGUGAGCAGCAAGGAGCAGAUCGUCAUCAGAGACGGCCGCAAGAAGAUCCUUCGUGUCGUGGAGUUCAAACGAGACCCGGAGAAGGUGCACGUCAUGCUGUCCAACGACAAAGAUCUAUCAAGCGCUGCUGUGGUGGUGCCUGGAGAUAUAGAUCUGAUUUUAAAGUUCCCUGAUUUCGUUUCGAGAAACCGGUUCCAUCUGACUUUGGAAAAGUUUGUCACAGAUAUGAAUAUGGCCCCUGAGAUGAAUUACGUCACAGAGUCAUUCCUGCACUCCAAAGCUCGGGAUAAGGAUCAACGCCAAGGGGUACUGGACAUUUUCUUUAGGGCUAUCUGCGAAAGAGCGCUGGAAGGAGAAACAUCCUCCGACACCCUCAUGAGCAAUGACCUUGUAGAGCAAGUGAUUCACAUCAAGCUGAACAUGGCCGAGUUUGCUGAUGCUUUGGGCAUGCAACCGUCUUCGCUGUUCGUCAGAAACGUUUUCCUUCUCGGGGAUAAGAACAAGGACGGAUAUGUCUCUUUCGAGGAGUUUUUAGACCUGUUUGCAGUAUUUCUGAAAGGCACGGCAGAAGAAAAAGCACGCUUGCUUUUUAAUACUUACGACAUCAAGAAGAGAGGCUACCUCACCAAGGAUGAGAUUCGAAGAAUGUUAAAGUCGAUUGUUGAACUCUCGGAGAGCACUGACGUGUCUGAGACUUCAGUAGAUGACCUCGUGACUUCGAUGCUCCGCCACCAGGGACUCCAGGACAACGAUAGAAUGACGUUUGAACACUUCCGGCAAGUUUUCUGUGCGGAAGAGUUCAAGUCCACCCUGGAGCAAUCGACUUUGUCUGGAGAAGCGGUCAAACAUGCCCCCAAGAUACGCCCGGGUAUUGCCAGAAAUAAGAGAAACACAAUGAUAAUGAGCUACAUCAAAAGGCCGAACAACGCCAGCAGACCACCUAGUGGAGAGAAUAAAACAGCCACCCUGGAAAAAACCACAACUUCUCCGUUCAGGAGCAGCUUGCGGGUGUCCGUGAACCGACCCACCUACCCAGGCAGCAAGGCCGGAAAGCGCUGGUACGAGCUGACCAGAUACAUCAACCGUUACAGUCGGCAGAUUUUCUGGGUCACCUUGUAUACCUUGAUCACGAUCGGAAUCUUUGUGGAACGGGCGUACUUUUACGCCAAAGGCCGAGAGCAUGCAGGUCUGAGACGUCUGUCUGGUGCCUGGGUCGUCGCUAUGAUCAGAGGUUCUGCCAGUGUCAUCAUGUUCACCUAUGUCAGUCUCCUCGUCACCAUGUGUCGAAACACUAUUACAGCCCUGAGAGAAACGUUCCUGCACAGGUUCAUUCCUUUCGACUCCGCAGUUGCUUUCCACAAGUACAUCGCCGUCUUGGCAAUGAUUGGAACACUUGUACACAUCGUGGGCCAUGCCAUCAACUUGUACUGCAUGUGUACGCAGACCACUGCCAGCGUCAACUGCUUCUUCAGGGAAUACUUCACAGCGUCUGACUCAUUUGCACCUUUUCACUACUGGGCGUUUCAAACCAUCACUGGACUGGCUGGAGUAUUUGUGACCAUUCUCAUCUUUGUCAUGUACGUGUUUGCCACCCAGUUUUCCAGGAGACAUGUCUUCAAGGCGUUUUGGAUGACUCACAGCAUGUACUGGUUGGUAUACGUGCUCACAUUUCUCCACGGCAUUGGUCGUCUCGUGCAGUCCCCACUCUUCCCGUGGUAUGCAGUUGGGCCUGUCCUUCUGUUCAUUGUCGACAGACUUAUGAGCAUCAGCAGAAAUAAGGCUGAGAUUGCCGUUACUUCAGCCACAGCCCUGCCAUCAGAUGUCCUCCGCCUUGUAUUCAAACGGCCUUCGUCCUUCACCUACCGAUCUGGCCAAUGGGUGCGCAUCGCGUGUCUGGGGCUGAGCGACUCCGAGUACCACCCCUUCACUCUGACGUCAGCGCCGCACGAGCCACUCCUGAGUCUCCACAUCCGAGCAGUGGGACCAUGGACCCGCAACCUGCGCAAGAUCUACGGGGGCGUCUCGGAGGGAGAGGCUCUCAACGUCCCCAAUUUAUAUCUGGAUGGCCCCUUCGGUGAAGGUCACCAAGACUGGUACACGUGCGAUGUGGCGGUUCUGGUUGGUGGUGGCAUCGGUGUAACGCCGUUCGCCUCCAUUCUGAAGGACAUCGCCUUCAAAUCCAAGUCUGGAGUGCCGAUUACUUGUAAGAAGGUGUACUUCAUCUGGGUGACGAGAACACAGCGCAGUUAUGAGUGGCUGGUGGACAUAAUUCGUGACGUGGAGAAGAUGGACACCCAAGGCCUCGUGCACUCGCAUAUCUUUGUCACUCAGUUCCGACAGAAGUUCGAUUUGAGGACGACUAUGCUGUAUAUCUGUGAGCGAUUCUUCCAAAAACUGGAGGGUCAGAGUUUGUUCACUGGUCUAAAGGCAGUCACCCACUUUGGCAGACCUCAGUUUGAGGACUUUUUCUGUUCUUUGGUGACGGAGCAUAAACAGGUGUCUCAAGUCGGAGUGUUCAGUUGUGGACCAGGGCCAAUGACUGCCUCCGUGCAAAAAGCGUGCACCUACAUGAACGGUCUAAUUGGACCUACUUUCACCCAUCAUUACGAGAAUUUUUAGUCUGUCGACGGCAAUUUCAACUUUAUAGAGUGUUUAUUGUACAGGCUAAGGGUGGAUGGCCUUCCGCAUGAUGUGACAGCCAGCAAAAGGUGUCCAAAAGUUCCACAUGUUUUUGUUUGUUUCUUAUUGAUGCAUCGUUUUGUAGGGGUAUCUCCUCAUCCAUAUUGUACUACAUUUUUUUCUCCUUAAGUGUCUGUUUAAGUUUCCCCAAAAUUGAUAUUGAAUGUAAAUGUUGUAAGCCCCCCAUCUACACAAUUUUGGUAAUGUAGGAGGCGGGCUGCUUCGACCUUGCCUUUCAGGGCCAUCCCAGUCUGAGGGGGUGGGGAAUCAGUAAUAAUAAUAA